CUGCCUUCAUGAGUGGGGCCUUCGGAGCCAUCCCCAUCUUGUUGAGGCAACCGUCGGGAUACGGCCUGUCCCGCAUCACCGCGAGCUUGUACCUGGGCAAUGGCACCGCUGCCAAUAACAAGCUCCUGCUCUUCGCCAAUCAGAUCAGCACCGUCAUCAACGUGUCUGUGGAGGUGGCAAACACUUUCCACCCGCACAUUCAGUACCUGCACGCCCCGAUCGCCGACAGCCCUGCUUUCCGUAUCUGCGAUUACUUUGACCCCGUGGCGGACAGGAUCCACGCUGUGGACGUGCAGCAAGGCCGAACGCUGCUGCACUGCGCUGCGGGGAUCAGCAGGUCGGCCGCCCUGUGCCUGGCCUAUCUGAUGAAGUACCGCUCCAUGUCUCUGGUGAACGCCCACGCCUGGGUCAAGUCUUGCCGCCCCGUUAUCAGACCCAACUAUGGGUUCUGGGAACAGCUCAUCCAGUACGAGUAUAAACUGUUUGGUACAAACACAGUCCGCAUGAUCAGCUCUCCGCUGGGAAUGAUCCCCGAUCUCUAUGCGGACGAAGUGAGGAUAACCGUAGCCUUCUGACCAUAGCUGGCUUUACAACAUCCGGUCAAGGAGCCCCGAAGGAAAACUAAUCAUUGACAUCUAGAUCAUGCUUGGAACUUGGAAAAUAAACUCAUUAGACCAGCAAGGGCUGCAGCCUAGAGCUCCCUGCUGCUGCUAAAAAUAGAGGAGAUUAGCUGAUAAGGAGUAGGCUUUGGGUUUUUAAUAUAAAUAAAACCAACAAAAUGUAAUCUAUGCAGUUAGAGGUUCACCUGUCAGUCGUUUUGGGCUCUGGCGGGAGCUUUGGGAGCUGUGUUAAAGCUACAGCCUGUGUUUAGAAAGUGUCCUUUUAUCCCCAUGUAGCCAGAUGUUGGCAGGCUCCAGCUCUGUGUUCUGCAGUGGAUACCAGCUGCAACUCAGUGUCUGGAAAGUUGCCAACAGUAUUGUUUUUCUGAAUUAGAUUCUGAUGUGGUCUGACAAACUGCCCCCAGACCCCUUCUCAUUGCUGCACUGCACAGAUCCUAGGAAUGGAGCAAGUCACUGCAUCCCACAUCACAGAGAUGUAAGGAGUCCUUUCCUUUUCUGAUAUUAUCCCCUCCUCUUAUUACCUCCAACUCUUUUGCUUGAGGACAGCUGAGCUGAUCUCCCUUCAGAGAGAGCCGUACCAUUUAGGGAAGGUGCUGUUCAAGACCCUGAUUUCUCCCAUACCUGUAACUUCUCCUUAAGGUGCUUCCUUUGCAGCAGUGCCAUCCUUCAAAGGGAAAAAGGAAGCCAGGGUGUUGUAGGGAUGGUGAUGAUUACCUGAAGAUCAGCACCCAUCCUAAAAAUGAGAGGCCUGAUUCCCUGAGAUUCUGGGCACUUAGCUCAGCAGCUGUCAGGACCAGACCCUAUAUUUUUAAUGUUUAUCACUGCACAGUGAAUUCAUCAGGCCAUUGCUCUGGUUGUUUUGGCUUGGACCAUGACAGGUGCUGUUUCUGUUGGUAAUUAUUUGGUUUAGCAUCUGAGACUUGGGAUGGCAUGGAGUACCUCCUUGUUUUUAAAGGGAAGAUCUGUUUAGUCUCAAGACCUGAGAGUUGUUACAGAAAAUGAAGGACACCAUGUCCACUACAAGACCUCUCUAACCUGGCUAGUGAAGGUCUUUCACAGCUUCCUGUAAGUAUCAGAAGUGUAACCUUAUGUCUACUUGUUUCCAACACAGACUUUAACCAUGCUCUUGAACUGUAUAACAGCUCUGCUGCAGGGCAAGGCAGAAGCAUGGGUCAGGGACACUGUCUAGUCUUAUUCAAGGUGCUGAAGCUUGUGCAUCUUGGAGACUGUAACAAGGGGCCUUCUCGGGUCCGAUUUCCCAGUAGCCCACCCACCUGUUUCUGGGCUAACCACCCACCUUCUCGUCUGCCACACCUUGUAAUUAAUUAUUUAAUUGAUGUUAAUAAAGCAGGAGGUGCCCAUUUCUUGCCCUGA